AUGACAGUGACACUUCUAAACAACCCCCCUUCCUCGACACGAAAUAUUUAACAUUUUUAAAUAAUAAAAAAAAAAAGUAUUAUCUGACAGAAUUUUGUAUAAGGACUGCCAACGCACUCCUUUCUCGCAGCUAUUUUUAAGGAUAAAAAAAAUUUCCAUUUGGAGUAAAAAAUUCGACACGAGUGUUCACUUUUUGUAUGACCCUAUUCACCAUGAAGAGAUUCGACAGCGCACUAAUAUUUGUUCUUUUGAGCUUCCUCUCCUUAAACACCGUGGGCUCGCCCAACGCCAUUUUGUCGGAGGUCUGGAACGUAUGCAGAGGUGCACCCAGGCAGCUAGCCGAGAGGGCAUUAAGAGAGAGCAAGUCCCCCCUGAGGGGAAAGGUGGUAAGCAAAGUGACGACCAAAAGCACACUCACAGUUAAGGAUGGCGUAACUGGAAAGGUAAAGGAAAAAGUACAUCAAACAGUUACGGAAACCGUUACAGAAACAGUUUCAAAUGAUAAACACCCAUCUCGGUCAGUAAAAGUGGUAGCCAUAGAAGAAGGUCCAUUACCUAAAAGGCAAAACGCGUACGCAGCCUUGUCUUUCUUGCCUAUAAACAAAGAUAAGCAAUUUCCCAUCCCAGAAGAAUUCUUUAAAACUGAUAUACCCACGCUAGUAAAAAAUUUCAGUUCGCUAGUUAAUGAGUCCAGACUGAAUAAAGUAUUUAACCAUUAUUGUAAGUACCUAAAUGUGCAAUAUAAAGGGUUGAUGGAUAAAUUAAGAACGAACUUUUUUGCAGGAGCUGAUGAAUGUGGUAUGAAAGAGCAAGAUAAGGAAAAAUACUGGAAGGAAUGUGAAAAUGCCCUCACCAAUGAUUUGAAAACUAUUAAUGAAAUUCACAAAAAGCACACCGAUAGUUAUGUCGAAAGGGUAGUAGACCCUAAAAAUAUUAACCACGCUGCCUUCUCUCACUAUGGUAGCUGGUUGUGGAAUAAGAAGUUGUUAGAGGAGGAAAAAAAAUGGGUCAAGUUCUUUGAUGACAAAAUUAGAAAGCAAAAGCGAGGUUGGUAAAAAGGGGGAAACUGCUCCAGCGGGGAGGGAUGUGCGCUGCAAAAAAAUACAUAAAUAAGUACAUAAAUAAAUAAAAUAAACAAAUAAGUAAUUAAAUAGAUAACGUGCAACGGUGCGCGAAGCAGAAACGUGAGGUGAUGAACAGAAGGUCUACAAAAUUGAUGCAAGAUUGGGGAAAAGGCAAUUCGAGGAGCCGCUCCACAGAGGAAACAAAAAUUAUCCAUUUAAAUAUGCCUUCUAAGCAGAGAAAAGCGUACUUAGAGGAAACUUACCAAGGGGAAGAAAAAGGAUCUGCCAACCUGUGUAUACACAUGCAUAUAUUUGUGAUGUCCCCCCCGCCUAACAUUUAGAGGUAAAGAAAAGAAAAAAAAAACAUGACCAUGAAGAGGGCAUACCUUUCACCAAUUUAGGAAGCCAACUUGCGUAAAAUAUAAUUUGCCUGAAAUGAGGGAACUACAGCUUAUAGGGCACACCCCAUCAAAGGAAAAAUUAACAGUGCGUUCAUUAAAAAGGGAAAAAACGGUUGCUUCAUUUUUAUAAGAAAAAAAAUAUAUAUAUAAAUUUAUGGGUCGUUACAACUCUCGCACAAAGGAGGAGUAUAAAAAAUGGGAGACAAAUUGACGAGUCUGUUUAAGAAAUUAUCUUCAGAAUGUGGAAUGCCAGGGGAGGAACAGAAAAGUAUUUUUCCAAUAUUUGAA